AUGAGCGUGUGCUCGUUGCUUGGUGUUGCAGUGGUGGACUGCGCGGUGACGGCGUGGGGCCCGUGGUCGGAGUGCGACGCGGACUGCGGCACCGGCAUGAUGCGCCGGUCGCGCUCCGUGCAGCGCCAGCCCGAGAACGGCGGCAAGCACUGCCCCUCGCUGCUGCAGAAGCGCGGCUGCCAGGGCACGCGCUGCCCGCACAGCAACAAGUCCGCGCUCAAGGAGACGGCGAUGCUGCUGCCCGCCAAGCUGGGUAACAGCCGGCGAGCCAACGAGACGACCGACAUCCGGCGGAACCUGCGGCUCCGCUACCCCAAGCAGCCGCACGAGAACAACGAGUACUGCGUGCAGUUUGAAGUUCUGAAGGCUUCCAAGGCAUGCCGCAAGGAGACCAGCUACUCGUCUCUGAGAGAAGGAGAACGCGUGUGCGUGCGUUGCGAGUCGCAGGCGCUGCGUCCGGCGCUGGGCUACCGGUGCGCGGGGCCAGGCGUGGCGGACCGCGGCACGCGCUGGACAGCCCUGUCAGCACCGCACUGCCACGGCAAGUGGCUGCGCCUCUCGCACCACGACGACCAGCCAAGCUGCCCAGCGUGCGCCAAUGGCGCCUCCUUCAUCUUCGUCUGAGCGGCGCUGCUGCGGACCGCUCGCCACCCGAACACACAAAACAAAAACACAGAAACACACAACACAGACAGACACUCACACCCACACACGUGCACACACAUUCCCAUUCCCAACAACGCGCGACGACGAGUCACACACGAUUUCAGCGCGCUGCGUGCCAGCGAAGUUCCGGCGCUCGGUUGCAGUGUCGUCAUUCAGGGGUGUCCACAAAUGAGGGCCUGAUGUAAUAUUCGGCGCCGAAAUUUCGCAGAUGGCCAAAUAUACUUAUAUUGCACUUUUCUUUAUUUUGUGUUCUAUACCAAUUUUGAAAGGAGGAAAAAAAAAAAAAAAAAAAAACAAGAAAGGAAA